UGACGCUGGCUCUACCGACGGCGGCGACGAUGGACGUCUAUGGCGGGCCGGAGGCGUGGAUCAUGACACGGGCUGCCGAGUUCCCCGUUCUGAUUGCUGGCUACUCGUUCUGUGGGUACACCCUGCGGGCACUGCGCCUGGUGACCGCCACCGCCGCCGCCGAUUGUCUCCCGGCCUUCCUUGCCCUGGAUCCGGCAAGUGGAAGCGGGACGGCGCAGGUUCUGGAGCAGGCCCUGGCGGCGGCGGAUGCUGUGCAGGAUGGGAUCGAGCCCAUGGUCCCGUUCGUCUUUAUCGGUGGCAAGUACAUCGGCGGCGCCCACGAGAUCCUCGCCAUGCACGCCCGUCGUGAGCUGGCGCCCGCGCUCGCAGCCGCCUGCACGCCUUCCCACGACGAGCUGUGACUCAUCGUCGCCGGCUCAUUCUGCCAAGCAACAAAUGGCAGCAGACGCCAAGCUUCUGCCCUGUGUCACGGACAGCAUGGCGAGGGCGACGAUCGAUGGCGCGAUUGAUGGUCACGGAUGCGGCGGAGGCGCGCUGUGGACAGGGACGUGGCCCGUUGCAGAUGGCAGGAUAGACGGACGCGGCGGGAGGGGAAGAACGACCUCCUCGGGGCCUGUGAUGUCCGCGAUGUUGCGCAGGGAGUGAGUGGCGGCGAAGGAGAAGGGUUGGGGGGAGGGAGGG